GACAUCGGGACGCCGCUCCUGACGGUGGAGGCGGCUGACGACGACGAGGUGGCUUACAACCGCGAGAUCUACUACUUCCUGACGUCGCCUGAGGCCGGCAUGGAGGUCGACCCCUUCCUGGAGCCUCCGUCAUGGUCUCCCGUGGGCGUGGAUCGAGACACGGGCGAGCUGCGGGUGACACGGGCGCUGUCCCUGGAGGCGUCUCCGCUGCGUCUCGUCGUGGGCGCUGCUGACGGAGGGUCGCCACAGCGCUACGCCCUCGCCAACAUUACGAUCUAUAUAAGGAAUAUGUCCGAACCCUUACACGUGUCGGUCAGCAAUUCGACGGAGUCCAGCCUGGAGGUGUGCUGGUCGCCCCCCGCCCACGGCCGCCCACAGGGGUACGUCCUCACCUACACGCCCACAACCGCCCACAAGACCUACGAGAAGGGUUCGCUCAACCUCACCUUGGAGGAGCUGCAGUCGAGGGUAGUGGUCCCCGGCGCUGACGAAGGCGCUGCCAACACCACCUCCCAGGGCGCGAGCAAGGAGGCCGGCGACGCCCUGGAAAUCUACCGCUACUGCGCCGUGGUGGGCGGGCUGGCCGGGUGGACGGAGUACAUCGUGUCCGUGCGGGCGUGGGCGGAGGGCCAGGUGUCCAUGGCCGCCUCGCCGCUCAUGGCCACCACCAGGAGUGAUUACUGUGCCGUGGGCGUGUGUGGCGAAGGAACGUGUACCCUUCAGCAAGCCGCCCCUGGGUACGCCUGCGAGUGCCACCCUGGGUAUUACGGACCUCAGUGCCAACACCACAACCCCUGCGAGCCUGUCAACCCGUGCCACCACAUUGGUAAGUGCCUGAACCACAGCGACGGCUCCUACACGUGCGACUGCCUCCACGGCUUCUACGGGCAGAACUGCUCGCGGAUCGACCCCUGCGCCGCCGUCUCUUCGAACCCCUGCCACAACGGGGGUUCUUGCGUCAGAAGGCCAGCCAGUCCACAAUCUCACGUUCGCCAAGAGAGCGGGGAGUACACUUGCCUGUGUCCCUUCGGCUUCUUCGGCGGCACCUGCGAGCGCCGGGACCCGUGUGCCUCGAGCCCCUGCCUCCACGGAAGCGCCUGUGCCAAUGUGACCGACACAGACUUCACCUGUAACUGCACUGAGGGCUAUACAGGAGAAACUUGUGAGGUGAACAUUGACGAGUGCAGGAGUUCACCUUGUCUCAAUGGCGGAGCCUGUGAGGAUGGGGUGGCCACAUUUUCCUGUACCUGCAUGGCCGGCUACACAGGUGCCCUCUGCCAGACGGAGAUCGACGAGUGCGCGUCGACCCCCUGCCGGCGAGGACGCUGCGUCGACCUGCUCGCCGACUUCGCGUGCGAGUGUCCGCGCGGCUGGGGCGGGAAGGCCUGCGAGGUCGACCUGGACGAGUGUGCCUCCUCCCCGUGCCUCAAUGGUGCCACCUGCAUUGAUGGUGUGGAUGCCUUCGUGUGUGCCUGUGCCCCUGGGUAUGUGGGCGGAGCUUGCGAAGUCCCAGAGUCGUGCCCCGCCCACACCACGGUCCUGGACACGGGCGAGUUCCACUGGCCCGCGACCCGCCACGGACAGACGGCCGCCCUCUCGUGCACGUACGGCCUCAGAGGGACCAUCGCCGCGACCCCCCCGGCAACGAGGCCCGCCACCACCGCCGAGCCGCCUCCUGCAGACGCGUCCUCGGGGGCGUCGCACGAGGCCUCAGCACUCAUGUCCUCGGGGGAAAUGUCACUUGAGUACGAGGAGGACCUCGACUCGAGUCCGACGCUGCUGCCGCACUCGGACGAGUUCACGACACAGGCGGAGUGGCAGGGCGGCCGCUUCCGCAUCAGCAGGCGGACGCGGGACGUGGCGGCGCACGCGGGCAACUUCGACUUCUCGCGCGGCCCCGCCUUCCAGAAGGACAACCCCGGAUCGAGACGACGUCUCGUCACGUCACACCUGCGAGGCGCCGUCUCGAGGCGCACGGGCCGGAGGCUGCACCGGAAGAGGCAGCAGAUGCAGGCGAGGCAGGAGGAGGGCGCGCUGGACGACGCCAGGCAAGGACCCCAGGAAUUCCAGCCGCUCAGGGAGGAACUUGGCUUGGAGGGUCCUCAGCGCCCCAGAGGGAGGCCGCGUAUGAGGGGCUUUCGGGCGCAGAAGCAGGCGCCGGUGGCGCAGCCCCGUAUAGGAGAGGAGGCCGUCGGCAGCCCCCCAAGGAGAGGGCGCCAGUUCGUCAGCCCCCCCGGCGACCUGCCAAGGAUCGGAGAGGCUCCUGAUCCGGCCAGGAUUGGAGACGCGUUCGCCGAACAGCCGAGGAUUGGCGCGAGGAUGACUCAGCAGUCGAGAGGAGGGACCGAGGUCAUUGAGGAUUAUCCAAGGAUUGGAGAAAGUGCGUCUGAUCACCCCAGGAUUGGAGAAAGUGCGUCUGAUCGCCCCAGGAUUGGGGAAAGUGCGUCUGAUCACCCCAGGAUUGGGGAAAGUGCGUUUGAUCGCCCCAGGAUUGGGGAAAGUGCGUCUGAUCGCCCCAGGAUUGGGGAAAGUGCGUCUGAUCACCCCAGGAUUGGAGAAAGUGCGUCUGAUCACCCCAGGAUUGGGGAAAGUGCGUCUGAUCACCCCAGGAUUGGGGAAAGUGCGUUUGAUCGCCCCAGGAUUGGGGAAAGUGCGUCUGAUCGCCCCAGGAUUGGGGAGAGCCUAUCCGAACAUCCGAGGAUUGGGGAGAGCCAAUCCGAGCCCCCUCGAAUCGGCGAAAGCCAGCCUGAACCUCCAAGGAUCGGCGAGAGCGCCUCCGAGCCCCUGAGCCCGGGCGAGAGGGCGUCGCAGCGCCAGAGACUCGCCGGAGGAACGCGCGAACUGCCCCGAAUAGGCGAGACCCUCUCUGGCCAGUCGGAGGAGAGGAUCCCCCGCCGCCAGAGUCUCGGCGAGGAGCUCCCCGGCGGUUCAGAACCCGGCGCAGAGUUAGAUGUGGAACCGCAGGCCGUCAGGUCGAAGGACGGACCUCCUCCGGGGGCCAGUUCGCCAGAAGGAACCGCUGCCCUCGAACAAAGGCAAGCCCGGGCCUCCAGCGCCAGCGUCGGAUCCCCGAGAGCCAUCCCCGUGUUCGGUUCGGAAAUUAUGAAGGUCCAGAAAGCCGACAAACACGACCCGACGACGCCCACGACGCCGCCGACCGUCGGCUCGGCCAGAAGCCACGUCAGAACGGGCGCCGUUCGGGCCUGCGUGCUGCUCCCCAACGGCACCGUCGCGUGGCAGGAACCAGACACGGAGAUGUGCCGCGGGAAGGAGGCGCAGGCGGCGGAGAACGCGGCCCUGUCCAUCGCGACGCUCACGGCCUCCCCCGCCUCCGUCAGCCCCGCUAUGUUCACGAGGGCGGCCAACGAGCUCGCCAAGCUGGUCGGACACGCGCUCCACGACAGGGCGGUGGCCAAGAACAUGGUGUCAGCGAUCAGCAACAUGAUGGAGGUGAACGACUCCGUGGUGGCCGAAGGGGACAAGACGAGCAACAUCACGCAACAGCUGGUCAGCACCAUCAACAGCUUCACCGAGAGCGUCCCUCUGGAGCUCGGGGAGAAAGUGGAGUUCAGGUCGAACAACCUUGUCGUGGAGGCCCGGAUGCUGAAGACGGGCGCCAGCGAUGCGGUUUUGUUCCAGCCGCAACUUCAGGAGACUUCAGCUUCGAGGAGAAAGCGUGAAGUCAACUCGUCUGAGACAAGUCAGGCAAAGGAAUCGUAUCUCAAACUCCCUCCGGCCGUUCUGUCGAUGGCGACUGGCGAGAGCGUGAGACUGGAAUUCGUGUCCUUCGGCAACGACAAAUUCUUCCGUGGCAGCCGUCCGUUGGGAAUGCCCGUGAUCACUGCACGAAUCACGAACACGACCGUGAAAAACCUGUCGGAGCCGGUGACGUACACGAUCGCCGAAGCCAACACGAACGCAAACGAAUCCCUGUUUCGGCCAUCUUGUGUCUUCUGGGAUGAUGCAGCCCAAGAUUGGUCGAGCGCCGGCAUGGAGACCCAGACAGUGGGCGGGGUCACGACCUGCCACGCCUCCCACCUCACGGCCUUCUCGGUGCUCCUCGACCCGAUGCCCGCCGCCCUCGGUAUCCACGAGAAGAUCCUGUCCAUCAUCACGUACGUCGGCCUGGCCCUCAGCACGGCGGGGCUGGCGGCCACGGUGGCGACGUACGCCAUCUUCAGGACUUUGAACCGCGACAGGAGCGGCAAGAUCGUGAUGAACCUCUCUCUGGCGUUGCUGCUUCUCAACUGCGUCUUCUUCAUCACGACGCAAGUGAAGCCGACGUCCAUUGCCUGCACUGCCCUGGGAGCCGCGCUCCACUACCUGGUCCUCGCCGCCUUCGCCUGGAUGCUCGUCGAGGCCGCCAACAUGUACCAGCUGCUCAUCACCGUCUUCGCUUCGGCCGAGACGCACUUCAUGGCCAAGCGAGUGGUCGGGGCCUGGGGAGUUCCCUUGCUGGUGGUCGUGACUGCCUUGGCGGUUGAUUACAGAGUUUACCAAGACGAAGAGAGGGAUAUUUGUGUUAUCAACCCGAGACAUAAUAUUAUCGUGUAUUAUGCUGCGUAUAUGGGACCCAUCUGCUGUGUGCUUGCCGUCAACUGCGUCGUGUUUGUGAUGGUGACCCGCGUCCUUUGUCAGAGGCGCCCUCGGUCCCACAAGCCUCACUCUUCUUCAGUCACCCCUAAAAAGGAAGGCCCCGUGACCCUGGCGCAGGUGCGUGGCGCCGUGACGGUGGUGGCGCUGCUGGGCGUGACGUGGGUCGCGGGCGCCGUCAGCAUCGGCUGGGCGCGCCUCACGCUGCAGUACAUCUUCUGCAUCACCACGCCGCUGCAGGGCCUGAUCAUCUUCGUGGUGCGCGUGGCCCAGCACCCCGAGGCGCGCGCUGCCUGGAUAGCCCUGCUGACCACGGGCACGCUGCGCAGGCGCCCUCCGACCACGCACACGCACUCCACGCACUCCUCGGCGCACACGCACUCCACCACCUCGACGCCGCCGCGCAACCACCACUCGUCGGCGCGGACCGUGUCCACGCGCGCCUCGCCGCUCAACUCGGUCAAGAAGUCCUCGUCGGCUGCGCGCAACGGCUCCACGAGGCACGCCAGGGGCGCCAGCAAGAACGGCAGCGUGUACAGGUGCGCCUCCGGCACCACGGACUCGUCCUCUAGGAACUCCGGCAUGGGGACGCUCCUGUCGCGCAUCGUCAGCCGCCUGAACAGCGGCGGCCUCGAGCCCCACGGGUCCCCGAGGGCGGAGCACGGCACGGUGGAGUCCUCGGCCUCCACCAAGACGGCGCUGCAGACGAUGCCGACGGGCUGCUCGCAGGCGAAUCUGUCUCCCCAGCUGUACGAGAGUGAGGCAUUUUUUAGUCAGGCCCUGCUGGACGAGAGCUACUACCAGCACAGCACCAUGAACGGCCACGCGCAGAGGCCGCACUCCCUCGUCCUGCUCCGGACGGAGAGCCACGGAGGCGCGGCCAAGGGCCAGCCCCCCGUCGCGCCACCGCCCUUCGCCGGCUCCCAGAUCCCCGCCCUCCUGUCGCCGAACCAGCAGUUGCAGACGCUCCUGAACGCCGGCGUGCCCCCGGCCAUGAUCCCGAGGCGGUCUCUGGGCUCCCUCAUGCUCCUGGGCGAGGGCAAGGAGGGGGACGACUCCUCGUGGCACUUCGUCAGGCCGCCUCCCGACGGCCGCAGCGACCCCAUGGACAACGACUUGCCCUACGACGAGCGGAACGGCGGCGCCCCGCACGCCCCGACGGCCUUCAGUCGCACAGCCGUCGUGGAGACUACCAGGAGGCGGAUGACGACGACGACGGCGGCGGCGACGGAGAGCGGGUGCGUGGUGCUGGCCGGGCAGAGAGUGGCGACCAGGGCUUCCCCGAUCAUCAUGGCCGACGAGGGGAAGGAGGCGAGCCCUUUCACGGCGUUAAUCAGAGCCAACAGCGAAAUGCAGAUGGGUUCGCCCGCCGUAGACACAGCGACGCUUCGGCGAACCGCCUCCGUGUACAUGCUGGGCGAAUGGGAGGACCCGAGGUCGUCGCAGGCUUGAGUUCUCAGAGUCCUCAGCAUUCUUAGAAAGUUCAUGUUCUUCGACAUCUGAAAAAGUUCAAGUUCUAAAACUCCUCCAAGUUCUAAAAGUUCCAAUAGUCCUCUGUGUCCUACAAGUCCUUCAAGUCCUUCCAGUUCUGAAAAGUUCUAAAGUUCCGUUACCACUUGAAUCCAAAGACUGUGUCCCGCUGACGGGAAACUCAGAAAAGACAAUACAGAUAAAUGCCUUGCAAGCGGAUGUGUUCGUGUGUGUGUGUGUGUGUGUGUGUGCGUUCCUGGUGGUCUUGUCUCCACGCGUACAUGUGUAUGUCUGCGAGAUAGAACUUUAUAUAUGAAAUAGAAUAGUUUUUUUUUCUUUGGAGUGUAACAAAGGCAGGUCAUACCAAAAUAACAAAUGUAAACUAGUCAUAAUACUAGAACAAGAUCAUUAGUUUAAUUGAGUGUCAUUCCAGGAAAGCAACAUUGCAAGUAAUCAGAAAUCGACAAAAGUGAUUCGAACUUUAAAACUGACAUGGUCACAAGAUCACAGACAAUUUCGAUUGGGAUUUUCUUUCAUUAAAGGAUAUUUAAAAAGAAAAAAGGGUGUUAUCAAGAUAGUCACCUAUGGCGGUGCUGCAUGUUGCAAUAUGAAGUUGACUGUACUGUGUUCUGAUUACUUCUGGACUGCCAAGGCUUCGCUGAAAUGCCGAGACCCUUCAUAUCUAGUAUUAUUUUUCAAACCAUUUUUAUAGCCAAAUAUGUGAAAUAAUGAGUAUAAGAUUUACUUUAUUACAAACACUCCUAACUCAGUUUUGGCCAUAGCAAUUUUUUUAGUCAUAUUAUAGACGGUAGAGCAGGAACUAUAGUUUGUAAGAUGAAUUAAUGAAAGCCAUAACGUUAUGUAACUUGACUAUAUAGUUGUUGUUACCAUAGACGCUGUCAGGAAACUCAGUAGAUUUUGCUAUUUCACAUUUCGAAUUCAGAUUUUGAGGUCUGUUGUACAUAGAAUGUUUUUUUUGGGGGGGGCGGGGAUCUUCAAUGCGAUUUUUGGAGCAGUCUUUUAUACGACUCGUAUUCCUGAUAAAUAUAAAAAAGACAUUAAAAUACUAAAGAUUUUCAGGGUCAGCAACAUAAAAAAAAAUUACAUGGUCGCAGCAUGUACCUCUCGUGCCGACUCUGCAGUACGACUGAGUUUUCACGUGUAUAUGAAUGUAAAUAUAAAUAUAUAUAUAUGUACGUUUGUCUCGUCGUGAGUAUAAUCAAAAGAGUAAACUAAUUCAGUGUGCAUUUUUUAGCAUCUGACCAGAAACUAGUCUCUGUUAAGCCUGAACAAGAACAUAGUUGUCAGGCUGAUGAACAUAGUGUGUGUUCUGAGGCAGUAGGGUGUCUAGGCAAUGGUAACGUUUUUUGCGAGAUUUUGCGAGUUUUUGCGAGGUCCCGUAUACACAUGAUAGUAAAUAUAUGGCCUAUCUUUGAAUAUUUAUUCGAAACGCCUUGAAAAAAAUUAGUGAUGGGGUAAAAAAAAAACAGAUAACAAGAAAUAUUUAUGGUAAAUAAGACGUGUAUUUAUUUAAAGAGAGAGAGAAAAAAAACAUUGUUUAGUGAUAUUUAGUUGUUUUAUAUAAAUAAUGUUUUGUUAUGUUCUGUUGAAGUUAUUGGUGUUCAAUAGCUUUCCACAUUGCCAAGAAGAAACUACUGUGUCCAUAAUUAUAUGAAUAUUCUGCCUAUGAGAAUAUUGUACACAAUAAAUAUUAUGAUACUGGUAA